AUGUCCUCCCCGACCCAUCAACAAGCGAUCCGCUUCCUCCCCGGCGGCGGCCCCGCCGCCUCCAGUCUGGAACUCACCACGCUGCCCAAGCCCACCCCGGGGCCGACCGACCUCCUCAUCCAACUGCGCGCCUGCGCGAUCAACCCGAUCGAUACGAAAGUCCGCUCGGGGGCCUUCGCGUCGUCGUCGGAAAUCACCGGGUUCGACGGAGCAGGAAUCGUCGAAGCCCUCGGCUCCUCGGUGCGAGGGUUCGAUGUCGGCGACGAGGUGUACUUCUGCGGCGCCCUGGGCCGGCAGGGGACUAAUGCGCAGUAUGCCCUCGUCGAGCAUCGGGUCGUCGCGAGGAAGCCGCGGUGUCUGGGCUGGGCGGAGGCCGCGUGUGUGCCGCUCGUGACGUUGACGGCGUGGGAGCUGCUGGAGGAGCAUUUCGGGCUGGUGGCGCAGGGGGCCAUUGGAAAUGAUGAGGCGAGGCAGACGCAGGGGGGCAAGAGCAUUCUCAUCAUCAACGGCGCGGGCGGGGUCGGGUCGGCGGCGACGCAGCUCGCGAGGAGGGUCUUUGGGUUGGGCAGGGUGGUCGUCACGGCGAGUCGGCCCGAGACGGAGGAGCAUGUGCGGCGGAUGGGCGCGACCCAUGUCAUUUCGCACCGGGAGGAUCUCAAGAGGCAGUUGAAGGAGAAGGUCGGGAUCGAGAGCGUGGAGUAUAUCUUCAUCUGCCAUGGGACGAACCCGUACAUGUCUGUGGCCGUGGAUGUGGCGAGUCCCAAGGGGAAGAUUGGAAGUAUUGUCGAGGUGGUGGGCGAGAGGUUGGAUGGCAUGCAUUCGAUGGAGGCGUUCAUGAAGCAGUUGAGUUUCCAUUGGGAGGUGGUCCUUUCGAAGCCGGAGUACAAGUACGGAUUGGAGUCGCAGGGGGACAUACUCAACAGAGCGGCGAAAUUGUACGACGACGGGGUCCUGCUUUCGCUCAUGAGGGAGUCGGAUGUGCUCUCGGUGCAGAGUUUGAUCAAGGCUCACGAGAAGAUUGAGAGUGGAAGGACUAUUGGCAAGAUUGGUCUAGAGAUCGGAGAAAGCAUUCAGUAA